AUGGCCUUGGUCACAGUUUGCGGUUCCCUUCUUCGUUCCCACUUUCAGGCAAGGUUACAAGAUUCGACAUAUGAAGGCCCUCCACUGAAAAUUGUUGUCGUCUCGGACGACAACUUGAAUCUGUCUCGCGAAGUCUACGACGGUGAGCACAGUCCACAUGCCGUCAGAAAAACCGCGAGGGCAGCCCUCUUCACCGCUGUGCAGCGACAGAUGGGACAGGACACAGUCCUCAUCGUCGACUCGAUGAACUACAUCAAAGGAUUCCGCUAUCAGAUCUACUGCGCCGCCCGCGAGCACAAGUUGCGCGUCUGCACACUCUUCGUGGCCGCAACGCACGAGCAAUGCAAGCAGUGGAACGCUGCGCGCCACCCAGACGGCCCUUCAUAUUCUCCUGAGACGCAAGUACUGCGAAGGAGUCUGGAGCUUACGGUCGCUGACGCGCCCUUUAUGCACUACAGGCUCGAAAAUCUGCUCAUGCGUUUUGAAGAGCCGUCGUCGAUGGCCCGGUGGGACUCGCCGCUCUUCACCGUGCCCUGGACGGACGACGACGUCCCGGCGGACGACAUCUGGAAGGCCGUCACAGCAGGCACCGUCAACCCCCAAACGCUGCUCCCCCGCCAGGUCCCGAAAGCACCGACCGACGCGCUCCGCACGCUCGAGGCCACCGCGACGAGCAUGGUCGCCGCGAUCAUGGCGAGCAGGCCGCGGGCGGUGGCUCGGCGGGCCCGUCACGCUCCCCUGUCCGCGACGUUGCGCCCGCAGGUCGCGCUCCCGCCGCGCGCGGUGACGCUCUCGGAGCUGCAGCGGCUCAAGCGCCAGUUCGUGACGGUGCACAAGAAGGCGAUCACGCUCGGCGCGGUCGAGAAGGGCGCGGUCGACUGGAGCGAGGAGAGCGUGGCGGGCAAGUUCGCGGAGUACGUCGAGGGGAACCUGAAGCCUUAG